GUUUUCCUCGGAGGUGCUUUGAGCACACCGCACCUCACCGCACUGACUGCACCACACCGCACCGCUGCAUCGUCGCACGCCGGAAAGACCAGCGAUGAACGCCCUUCGCUGCCUGCGCGGCCUCGCGCCCGCGCCCCUCAAGCUCCGCAACAUGUCCCUCCUCACCGCGCGCCGCCCGCUGCUCCCAUCCUGCUCGCCAUCCACGCUCGCGCCUGGCGCUCUAUCAUCAGCCGCCCCCUCGACACCAUGCUCGGCGACGCUAGACGUGAUGGCCAAGAUUUCGGCCUCGCCGGCCUUUGCGGGCACGCAGAUUCGCUGCGGACCGCGCGAUACGUACAACCCCUCGCAUAUUGUGCGGAAGCGCCGACAUGGCUUUCUGAGCCGGUUGAGGACGAAGAAGGGGCGGAAGUUGUUGAUGCGCAGACUGGUCAAGGGACGGGGGAAUCUCAGCCACUAGAAGAGGGGGUGCUGCUGGACGGAGGAAUCGAGU